CCAUGCUAAAGUGAGUUUAACUGUGGCACUGGCCGGAACUGAGGGCUAGGCCUGACAAUCUGAAGUCCUGGGUGUCAAGGCAGCCAGCAAGCGGCGCUUCAGUCCCAGCUGAACUCUCGGUGCCGCUAUCGCUGAAAAUGUCCAUAGGAUCGAGUUACACUACGCCCCAUCUUUAAGCCCCAGUCAGUGCGCCGUUAGCCGCAGGACAACGCAGGAUAGGGUAAGAUACUGGCCGCCGGGAAAAUAAGGCUCCACACUCAUGCCUUGAAAAAUCCAAGAGUGAAAUUCCUGUUAAUGGGGAGAAAGCACAUUAGGCUGGAGUUCUAAAAAUGAUUGAAACAAUGGAUACACAACGUGCCUUGCAGGCGGUGGAGCGUCUCCAGGCCAAACUGAAGGAAAGGGGGGAGGUGCCCACCGAGGAGAAGCUCAGCCUGCUCAAAUCAGUGCUCCAGAGCCCCCUCUUCCACCAGAUCCUGGCCUUGCAGAAGUCCGUCCAGCAUCUCAAAGACCAGGGGAGUGUCCCAUCAUCACGGGGGAGUGACCUUGGUGAUCAUAUCACAGCUGUCAAGCCCAAUGGUGGCCAUGUUUCCUACUCAGACAUCUCAGCUGCUACACACACCAAUGGCAAGACAUCAUCUGAAGAAUUUGAUCAUAUUAUUCACGCCAUGGCACAGGGGCGCUACGUGACGCAUGUGGAGCUGCAGAAGCCGGUGUCGGGAGGUCUGGGCUUCAGCGUGGUGGGCCUGAAGAGUGAGAACCGCGGAGAGCUUGGCAUCUUUAUUCAAGAAAUUCAACCGGGAAGUGUGGCUCACUGUGAUGGGAAGCUCAAAGAAGCAGACCAGAUUUUGGCCAUUAAUGGCCAGGCCCUGGACCAGACAGUGACCCACCAGCAGGCUAUAGGCAUCCUCCAGAGUGCUUCGGAGAGGGUGCAGCUCACAGUGGCUAGAGGGCCAAUACCUCAGCUGGCCAGUCCCAUGGUGUCCCGCACACCUUCUGCUGCCAGUACACUGUCGGCCAACUCUAGCGCGUGGCAGCAUGUGGAGACCAUUGAGCUGGUCAAUGAUGGCACUGGCCUUGGAUUUGGUAUUGUGGGAGGAAAGACCACUGGUGUAAUUGUCAAAACUAUCCUUCCUGGAGGCAUAGCGGAUCAGGAUGGCCGCCUACGCAGUGGGGACCACAUCCUGAGAAUCGGAGACACUGACCUCUACGGCAUGGGCAGUGAGCAGGUGGCGCAGGUCCUCAGGCAGUGUGGCAACAGGGUGAAGCUGGUGGUUACCAGGGGUCCUGUAGAUGAGAAUCCCUCUGUCUCUGCUGUCAUGCCAGUGGUACUCCCAACUGUCGAUGAACAACAGGACUAUGAGGAAGACGAGGCUGAAGCGUUUGAUGUGAGCCUCACCAAAAACACCCAGGGACUGGGAAUCACUAUUGCUGGCUAUGUCGGAGAUAAAAAUUCAGAGCCCUCUGGUAUUUUUGUCAAGAGCAUAACAAAAGACAGCGCUGUGGAUCAAGAUGGCCGUAUUCAUGUGGGAGACCAGAUAAUAGCUGUCGAUGGUGUUAACAUCCAGGGAUACACCAAUCAACAGGCAGUGGAAGUCCUCCGACACACAGGCCAGACAGUCCACCUCAAGCUGAUCCGGCGGGGUUUCAGGCCAGAAGAGAUCCCCCCUGCCGUGUCCCCCAUUGUCACCAUCCUACCCCCUUCCACCACCAUCCCCACCACAACCACCGUCAUGACAGAGCUCGAGCUGGAGAGGAAGAAGGCUGAGGAGGCUGCUCAAGUCACCACAGAUGAAAAGCAGCUCCAGACAAAGGGUGAAGGAUCUGAUGUCAGCCCAGCCACGGAUCAGCUAACAGAAGACAAACAUGAGAUGAAGCUAACACCCUUUGAAGAAGAAGAAUUAAUGAAGAAGUGGCAGGAGAUUCUGGGUCCAAGUAAUGAAGUUGUUGUGGCACAGGUGGAGAAGUUUAGUGAGAACAGUGGUCUGGGGAUCAGUCUCGAAGCCAACAGCGGGCAUCAUUACAUCCGCUCUGUCCUACCUGAGGGACCUGUUGGUCGAUGUGGCAAGCUGUUCAGUGGAGAUGAACUGGUUGAGGUCAAUGGCAUAUCCCUGAUUGGUGAGACCCACAAGGAAGUAGUCAAAAUCUUGAAGGAGCUUCCACUCUGUGUAUACAUGACAUGCUGUAGGCCCGCCCCACACCUGCAGACUGACAUGGAUGCUGUACAACCAGAAUCAGAGGCUUUGUCCACAAUGUCUAAAUUAAAGAAACAAAUAGACCUGAGCAGUGUACUGGUUGCUGAAGACUCAGAGGUGAAAACAGCGGCAGCGACGCAGGAUAAUGUGACUGAGGAGGCGAUAGGAUCUCCUUUGGCCAUGUGGGAGCAGGAGAUCCAGAAUAUCGAACUAGAGAAGGGAGAAGGGGGAUUGGGAUUCAGCAUUCUGGACUACCAGGACCCACUGGACUCCGUCAAGACAGUGAUAGUAAUUCGCUCUCUGGUUCCCACUGGUGUGGCUGAGCAGGAUGGCAGACUGUUGCCAGGAGACCGACUCAUGUAUGUCAACACUACUAACCUGGAGAAUGCCAGCUUGGAGGAUGCUGUCCAGGCCCUUAAGGGGGCCAAGCUCGGAAAGGUGCAGAUAGGAGUCGCCAAACCACUACCUGGAAUAUGUGGAUAUUCCCACUCUCCACACCCAUAUGGUGAACAGGAAAUAACUUCAUCAUCCACCAUCCAUUCAUUUGACUUCAACAAUAUUUUGGUUGAAGAAGGAGAGGAAGGAGGACUGACUGAGGGCAUCCUUUACCGAGCAGAGCCUGCAUUGAUUGACACCAGUGAAGCAGACCUGUCUGAUGAAAAGGUGUUAGAGCAUUCUUACACUGGGAUAGAGGAUGACACUUUCCAGGCAUCAAUGAUUGCUCUUCAUGGAAGCAGCUGUAGCGCAGACCUGGAUUACCUGCACUCAUCCACACCUAAGCUGACAGCUCGCCUGGAAUUGUUGGAUGAGCAUCCUCGCUUUGCAACACCGUCCGGCCUCGCAGACAACACUCAACAGUUCUCUCCGGAGAAGCCGGCUUCUUUUACUCCUCCGAGAGGUCACGUCCCGGCUUUUGAUGCCAUGCUAAGCAGUUCCGAUCAGUAUCUGGCACAGCAAUCAACCAAAGAAGAACCAGUGGAUUGCUCAAACACAUACAGUCCAUUUGCCGAAAUAGAGGCCAGAUCUAAUGUCCAGGAGGAACCUGUGGAGUCACUUCAUUAUCAGAAGGAGUCCGCCAUCUCUUUUGGAGAUAUAAAGAUUUUGAUGAAGGACGAGGAAGCUGGUGCGAAAGAAUCAGCAGAAGACGGCGACAAGGAAGUGUUGACCUCAGGGAGUAAUUUUGAAAGGACUAUCACAGUUGUCAAGGGCAACUCCAACCUCGGGAUGACAGUGAGCGCCAUGAAAGAUGGUUUGGGGAUGCUGAUCCGCAGUGUAAUCCACGGUGGCUCCAUUAGCCGUGAUGGACGCCUCGGGGUUGGUGACCUCAUACUUGCAAUCAACGGAGAGCCCACUGCCAACCUGACCAACGCUCAGGCUCGCGCCAUGCUGAGAAGACACUCCCUCAUUGGACCAGACAUGGGAUCUGCUUGUGCACCCGAGGACGAUCUGUGCCCAUUUUAUGUCAUUACAUACGUUCCAGCUGAGUACCUGGAGGAGUACAAGACCAGCUUAGAGCAGCCUAAAGAUGACGUCUUCUCUGAAGCAGCUCCAGUCCCAGUUCCAGCUCUGAAAGAUAUUCCUAGCCUCCCUGAGAGGGAAGAUGGAGAGGGAGAGGAGAGUGCAUCUUUCAGCAACUGGAACCAACCUAGGCAAGUGGAGCUCUUCAGAGAGCCAGGCAAGUCCCUGGGGAUCAGUAUCGUCGGGGGCCGAGGGAUGGGCAGCCGGCUGAGCAACGGGGAGGUGAUGAGGGGGAUUUUUAUAAAGCACAUCCUCGAGGAUAGUCCUGCGGGACACAACGGGACCUUGAAGACUGGUGACAGGAUCGUAGAGGUGGAUGGAGUUGAUCUAAGAGACGCCAGUCAUGAGGAGGCAGUGGAGGCCAUACGCAGGGCAGGCAACCCUGUCUCCUUCUUGGUCCAGAGUAUUAUCCACAGGCCGAGGAAGCCGCCCCUGCCCUUUCUGCAGCUAAAUAGCCACCGCGGGUCGAGCACUUGCUGCACUAAUCAAACCUUCUUAGCGCCUGCCCUGCCUCAGUCAUCGAUAACAGACUCCAGCGAGGAGAGAGCUGCAGCUGUAACAAGGGACAACAAGGACAAGGAGGGUGACAGUCACAGUAGACUUUUCCUCCGCCUCUCCCCAACUAACCCUUUCACUCCUACCCCGUUUAAGCCGGCGAAGCGUGAAGCGGCAAAGGCAUCUCCCACCAGCUCUGUCCUCCCCCUGCCAGUGGUGCCCCAUGUGGGAGAGACUGAUACAGACACGCUGACAGAGAUUCCUGGCAGACCUGCUGAGGCAGAGGAGGAGAAAGAAGAGGAGGAGGUGGAGGACGAGUUUGGAUACAACUGGAAGAACAUAAUACAGCACUAUGGCAGCCUUCCAGGUGUCCUACACAUGAUUGAGCUGGAAAAAGGCAAGACAGGCCUGGGCCUCAGCCUGGCGGGGAACAGGGACCGCUCUCGCAUGAGUGUGUUCGUGGUGGGAAUAGACCCCAGCGGGGCAGCCGGCAGGGACGGACGCAUGGUUGUGGGGGACGAGCUGCUGGAGAUCAAUGGACAGGUCCUUUAUGGCCACAGUCACCAGAAUGCGUCUUCCAUCAUCAAGAGUUCUCCAUCAAAAGUCAAAAUCAUCUUUGUCAGGAACACAGAGGCCCUGAACCAGAUGGCUGUGGGACCGGUGAGAGAACAUGAGGGAGACACAGCGGAGCCCCACACUGAGCAAGAAACAACCGCCGCUAACGGUGACGCUGACACUUCCAAACACGCGCAUCACAUCAUAAAGCUGAAGGAGGACGGCGGUCUUGGCAUCACCUUUGUGGAGGGGAACUCUGAGUGUGGAGUUGAGAUUCAGAGUAUAUCUGAAGUGCAAGGACACACAGGCAAAGAGGGCUGCAUGAAACCUGGGGACAAACUCUUAGCUGUGAAUGGUGAAUCAGUGCUGGGUUACACAGUGGAGAAGGUCAAUUCUCUACUAAGAAAAGCCAAAGGUCCAGUGAAGCUAACCUUCUCUACAAAUGAGAACCCCUCCUCCUCCUUCUCCUCUCCCCAGUCAACCUGCCAGGACAGGGCGAACUCGGAAGAAGUCCUCGCCAGCCAACCCAGCAUGCCUAGCGCUGCCUUGGUUACCAUGAGUCAGCCAGAAGUGGAAGCAGUCACUAGUCUGAGUCGCUCCUCCAGCCCUUCCACUCUGGCCUGCGACCCAGCGACCUGUCCCAUCAUUCCCGGCUGCGAGACCACCAUCGACAUCUCCAAAGGCCGGACAGGCCUUGGACUGAGCAUCGUGGGGGGCUGUGACACCCUGCUGGGGGCCAUCAUUAUCCAUGAGGUUUAUGAAGAAGGGGCAGCCUCAAAAGAUGGCAGGCUUUGGGCAGGAGACCAAAUCCUAGAGGUGAAUGGCAUCGACUUGCGUGCAGCCAGUCACGAUGAAGCCAUCAAUGUGCUGCGACAGACCCCGCAGAGGGUUCGCUUGACGGUCUACAGGGACGAAGCCCAGUACAAGGAGGAAGACCUAUGGGACUCGUUCACUGUGGAGCUGCACAAGAACCCGGGCCAGGGCCUGGGCCUGAGCAUCGUAGGGAGGAGGUCACGGGAGCAGAGGAAUGACACAGGCGUGUUUGUGUCUGACAUAGUGAAAGGAGGUUUGGUGGACACUGACGGCCGACUAAUGCAGGGCGACCAGAUCCUCUCAGUCAAUGGAGAGGACGUCAGGUCGGCCACUCAGGAGGCCGUGGCUGCUCUGCUCAAGUGCUGCAUCGGGCCCAUAAAAAUGGAAGUGGGGAGGUUUAAAGCCGGCCCCUUCCACUCCGAAAGAAGGCUGUCUCAAAGUAGUCAGAUGAGUGAAACAGGCAGCUCCAAGGUGGCCUCUCAGUCAUGUUCAGACUCCGGAAACCUUCCCGGUGACCCUGACAAACUAAGCAGCAGUCAGGAACCUCCAGAGUAUCAGGACACGAGAACAGUGGAGUUCACCAAAGGUCCCAAUGAUUCUCUGGGUAUCAGUAUAGCAGGCGGAGUGGGCAGCCCUUUGGGUGACAUACCCAUCUUUAUAGCCAUGAUGAAUCCUGUCGGCCUGGCCGCUCAGACCCAGAAGCUCAAGAUUGGGGACCGGAUCGUCAGUAUCUGUGGAACCUCUGCUGAGGGCAUGAGCCACUCACAAGCUGUCACUCUGCUCAAGAAUGCUACGGGCACAAUACAGCUCCAGGUGGUAGCAGGUGGUGACACCACUGUGACGGGUCCCUCGCAAGAGCAAGCAGCUGGAGGUCUCACGCCCAGCUGCAUCUUCCAGGAUGACCUCGGCCCACCUCAAUAUAAGACCAUCAUUCUUGAAAGGGGGCCAGAUGGACUGGGUUUCAGUAUAGUUGGAGGGUACGGCAGCCCUCAUGGAGACUUGCCGAUCUAUGUUAAAACAGUUUUUGGAAAGGGAGCGGCAGCAGAGGAUGGGCGUCUGAAGCGAGGAGACCAGAUAAUAGCUGUUAAUGGGCAGACACUGGAGGGCGUUACACAUGAGGAGGCCGUUGGCAUCCUGAAAAGGACCAAAGGAAGCGUCACGCUCACUGUGCUUUCAUAGACACAAAUAUGCAAACGCUCAGAAACACACACAGUAUCGUCACUAAUUUUCACAUACUCAUUUCCCAUUUACGCAUACUGAAAGUGACUAAAGCAAGGUGCAGGUGUGAUCAUGUCUAGCAGUCCUGGAACUCACGCCAUCAAUAUAUUUCACAACUUGGCUGUUCAUCUGUGAAUUCUGAAAUAUGAACAACCACACAUGUAUAAUGAUGAAGAAGCUUAUUGCUCAAUGUAGCUUUGAACACUGUGAUCUAAGGAAGUCUACGGCAAAUAGACUGUGUCAUGAUUAAAGACCCCAAUUCCUCCUGAAAUAGUGUUUAAGGUAGAUAAAUAGGUUGUAAAUAGUACUAGGAAACAUAGCUUGUCUUUACAUUCCAUGGGUCCAGAUCGAAGUAUUCACUGGACACUGUCGCACAAGUAUUUUGCAGUUUUCUGUAUUGAAAUGAAUUGUAAGAUGACUAUUUUCAUGGGUAUUUUACAAUAGAGAACACAUUAAGCAAUAUUGCAACAUUUCUACUAGCAGAGGCCAAUGUUUUAAGGUUUAUAAAGGGGCGACCUCUAUUAAAUUCAGAGCAUGAAACAGCAUGAAAACGCACUUGAGGCAAUAAACAGAUUAGCGGGAUUUAGCUAAUGACUAUAUUAGCUGAUAGCAGCAUUAUUUGUCUUUUGUGUCGCAAUUCUCUUAGCAGUUUAUCAUACUUUGAUUUUCCUGGCUGAUGCUACUGUAUAACUGGUGUUAAUCAAUUUAUCAUAAAGCCACUGGUGUUUUAGCACAGGUGACAAAGAGAGCAUUUUUAAGUGCUGAAGGCUAGAAGUCUGGUAAUGUAAACGCACAGCUGUGUUGACACUUCUCUGAAGGGAAAGAUGUGAAAUCCUUGGACCUUAAACCAAGAAGUGUGGUUUGAGUAGACUAGACAAGGAAUUGUGUGUGUGUGUGUGUGCGUGUGUGUGUGUGUGUGUGUGUGACCCUUUCACUGAAACAUAGUGCUGCUAAAGCUGAUAUAUAAGGUAUCAUGUCACAGUAUUGAAUUUUUAAGUAUUAAUGUUCACUUCAUGAAAGUGCACAGAAAAGUAAAUGAACUGCUAUUUAGGUUAGAAAGGCUGAGUGGUUCAAAGUGUUGAUUAUGUAAUGGAUCUGAGCUCAUUUUGACCUCGUUGUUUACCCAAAACGAAGUCGUACAAUGUGUAGUUCCUGAAGUCAUCAGGCAGUUGUUGUAUGUUCUAGCUUCAGAGAAGGUUGUCUGUUGUCUGUCUUAUCACCUUAAAUGUGUCUCUAGUACUGUCCCAGUGACAGUAUUGAAUUUAUUCACACUGAAUUAAAUAAAAGUGACCUUUUGGAUUCCA